CUCUUCCAGUUAAAAACAACUGAAAUAAUUUUUUGAAUAGGGAUUAAAACGGUGCAUUCAGCAGAUUGAACAGAUUUAUAAAAUCCUGUUUGAACUGUGUAGAGGUGAGGGAUGUUUAGAGUAAAAAGAUUGUGCCUCUAAAUGAAGCUCAAUGCUUUUCUUCUGCAGAAAUCUGUCAACAUCAGAACAAGCAUCAAGGUCAGAGGUCAACCUGGAAGAAGAUGCUCAUUAUUGAGGGAUUCAUCCUUUAGUACAGAUUUAUUUUUAAUUAGAAUAGUUAAAUAAACGUGAUAAACAGAAAGUGAUGAAUAUCUUGGAAAAGAAGGAAAAAUCUUAACUCUCACCCAUAAUCCAACUAUUUUAUGCUCACAUUUUGACACAAUAAACAUAUUCACCUAAACAAAAUCUAGAAAAAAAGCUCAAACUUUUUUUCAAGUGUUCAUUGUCCCAUUAAGCCUCUCAUUUUCUAAUGUAUUUAAACUUUUUCUGUUUGUCCUUUUUUUUUCAUUGUGUCACAUUUUUCCUCAUUUUCUAUCCUUUCCUAUUCCAAAACAAAUGCUCAAACCUUUAGAGGUUAUCAUUUCUAUUUUUUUUAGUAAUUCUUUUCUUUUUUUUAAUAAACAGUUUUUGUAUGUAGUUUCUUUUACCACAGACACUCAGAUGAGAUCAAACCACGUGAUCUUUUGGUUGAUGCAAGUAUUACAAUGAAUAUUAAAGAGCAAACGUGUCCAGAAGAAUCUGGAGCUUUUGGCUGCUGAAAGACGUUCCGUGUUUCACAGGAUGUCAUUUCUGCAUCAAACACCAAAAACUGCUGGAGACGGUUUGUUCCCGACAGGAUUUGGAGGAAAGGCUGAGUGUGAGCCAAACAUUUAUGAUUAAGAUGAAAGAAGUUUAUUUUUGAACAAUGCACCAAAUGUACUCCACCAAUCAAUUCAUCCUAAAAUACAUGAAAACAAUUCACCCUAACUGUACCAGUCAACCAUCUUUUUUGUACUGAAAGUAAUUUUUUUUUUUUUGGAAAGUGUUUACAAUUCAGCAAAGAACAUCUUCACCCCAACUUCACUCUGAAAUGUGAACAUAUAAUUUUUGGCUUUCAGAGAAGAAAUAUGGACUCAAAGAAAAACUCAUAAUUAAUCUUAUACUUGGCAAAUUUUAUAUCCAUAAACACAAAUUCUUAUCAUCUCCUAUAUUCUUCUCCAUAUUAAUCAAUCAAAUUGAAAUGCAUUUCAGUACUAUCUCUAAAAGCCUUAAUCAGACAGCUGUACGUCUAUAUUCAAUGUUUCUGUGUAUACAUGUUCUAUGUUUGCUCUGCUGGCAUAUUAAAUUUAAUUUAGUAAAACAGUGUUUUGUACUAUUUUUUAUCUAUAUAUUUUAUUGUGUUUUGUACUGUAUUUACUUCAAUUUUGGCGCAGGUCCAAACCGGAAGUCUAUAGAUCAGAAUCAGAAUCUUUUAUUGUCAUUAUGCUGUGCACAGUAAAAAAAUUUUCAACAGCUCUCUUCCGAUAAAUAUUAUCAUAUUUAUUACAUAGAUAAUUCUAAAAACCGUUCAGUAACAAAAAAAAACAAAUAAAAAAUUGAUGGAGCAACAUUUGCUUUGAAAUAAACUGUUGGAGACUGAAAAGCUGCUCAAAUCAGUUUUUUCCUUCCGAACAAAGCCUGUUUUCCUUUAGCUAGAAAAAGAAAGGACGUAACUUUUAUCCUUUUCCAGGUUAUCUCGCGGCACUGGAAACCGGAAGUGGACGUUACCGUGGUAACGGGAAGACGCCCAACAGCGCGGUUCUCAGUCGGCUUUCUGCACCAUGAUCCCAGGGCUUCAAAGAGCCUUUAAAGUGCGCGUUGAAAUCAAGUUCAGAGCGGUCUCAUGUCCUGGAGUCCAUCUUCCCGCCAAAGAAGACGUUUAUCUGAGCGUGUUUGUCACGGGUCAGUACCACCAGUCCGAAUGCCUCCCUGCUGUCUUCCCGCUGCUGUUCCAGGAGAAGAUGACCUUUGAGAAGAUUUUCAGGUAUGCCUUUGAUCCUGGAGAUGUGGCUGUGAUGCUGGAGCAUGAAACCGUCAGAGUAGAACUGGUCCAGCUGAUCCCUCCAGCGGGACACCUUCUGGCCAGCUUUGAAGAAAACACCAGAAAUUUUUUAUUCCCAGAACCCAAACUGGUUCCCCCCUUUUCUGGACUGGACCGAGAGGCUCUGAUGGUGCGAGCACCGUACUUCCCAGGCAUCGCUCCACGGCUGGAGUUUUCUACCAAAACCAGCAUCACCCAGUGUUUACCUGACUCAGAAACCAGCAUUUACCCCAAUGUGCUCAUGAGGCCAGAGACACACAGGAAACGCUGUCCCUCCAGGAGGCGAAGGAUGGCUUCUCCAGAAGGGAAACCCCCCCAGACUCACCGAGGGAGGCGAGCCGGCAGCGCCGACCCACACAGCACUGCCAGGCGCCAGUCCCUGUCCCCUCUGAGACGGAGAACCGGUUGGAAAACCAACACCUCUCAGCCUGCAGGACAAAUUCCACAGGAGGAUUCUGGCUCUUUGGGACGGUUCGGGUCUGCGGGGACAGAGUACAGUCCCGACCCUUCGGCGCUGUUGUGGCCCAACAGAAAACCCCCUGGAUCUGAGUCCAGAUCUCACAGAGUCUGGGAGGAGGUUCACGAGCGUGUUCGGGGGCUCCUCACCACGCCAAGAGCUGUGCGCCGACUGAUCUACGGAGCGUCAGUCUCAGAGGUUGACGAGGUUCUGGCCAGGAGAUCCGUGUCUCCAGAUCUACAGUAACGUCCUCUGCAGCUUUGCCUGUUUGGACUCAGGCUGAUGCUUUAGAAGUGACAGUAAAAGAUUCGGUACAUAAAUGUUACCUCUGCACCAAUUCCUCAUGUGGCCUUUUUCUGCUCAAUCUGCUCAUUAAAGAAAAUAAAAACUAUAGUCCAAUA